UUCGCCAUUUGCUAAAGCCUGUCACGUAGAAUUCGUUGUUUUUGCCGUUGCCUUUGUUCAAAUUAAGCUGGAGUAUUUAGUUUUUUCGAUUGUUCGUAGAGGAAAGCGGACGUAAUCAGCAUCCUGUACUACUAAACCUUCGUUCAUCGGUGAUUGUUUUGGUUGGAUGGAAAAGGAUCUUGGAUCCUUGUUUCAACGCCAGCAUUCUGGUCAGCAGUCACCCAUUUCGAAUGCCUUGGGCACCAGAUUUAUCCUGGGGCAGAGGGAUACGCCACGUGCUUGCACGAGCUCUCGGGCUAAUCUUGUUCCGCCAAACGACGGAACUUUGCUCGGCUUCCCGUCUUUUGGGUUUCCUCUUUCAAGGACAAGCCAAUCGAUUGAACCUCGCGAUUGCUCUUAUCGAUUACCUUCCCUCCAUCGGGAUGUUGCCCCUGUAACGAACUCCAUUUUGAAAGAGGAAAGCCCUGCUGGCCUGUCUGGGAAACCCAGCGAUGUUGUGCCGAGUCCAGCAUCCGGACAGGCUCAGAAGAGAUUCCUUGUGUUUGAUCAGUCUGGGGAUCAAACCACCUUGAUUUUUAGUUCCUGGAUUGGAACUGCAGGCCAAUGCCUGCCUCCUUGGGGGUCAAAGCUCAACGAUGCUUAUGAUUUGAAUAAGAGAGAGUUAGAAACAGGAAGAGAUUCUACGAAUUUCCCGGGUCCAAUUUUGACCGAGGAAGACAAUGAAAAUCUCGGGGAUAGCGUGGGAAGUGAGAUGCACGAAGACACUGAAGAGCUUGAUGCAUUGCUGUACUCUGAUGACGAUGACAGUUACUCAGAGGAUGAUGAAGAAGCCAGCACUGGUCAUUCGCCGAGUACAAUGACUGCUCAUGAGAAACAAGAAUGGUUUGAGGAAAGUGUAGAAGAAGUUGCUAGCUCCGCCGGGCCAAACAAAAGGAUGAAACUGUUUGAUGGAGGCUAUGAUGUGCCAUCAGUCACGGACACUGCAAGCUCUGUGAAGCCAGAGAGAUGCUUUGAUUAUGAAGAUGAUGCACAAUCUAGCUGUGCCGAUGGCAAAAAUCAAGGAUUUGAAGAAUUUGGUUCCAUGUCAGGCAAUAAGAGAUUGAGAAAGGAUAAGAUACGAGAAACGGUGAACGUUCUGCAGAACAUAGUUCCCGGCGGGAAAGGUAAGGACGCCAUUGUGAUUCUGGAUGAAGCUAUCAGUUACUUGAGAUCCUUAAAGCAUAAAGCUCAGGCUUUAGGAGUUGAUAUGCUCUGAGAUUCUAUUUCUCUUAUUGGUAUUAUUAGUAAUCGGCAUUGAACUGUGUCGUAUAUUAGUAGUGGUAAUGGGCGUGUGGAAUAAGUACAGAAGGAUCGUUGGGACAUGGGAGCGGUUGAGUCUUUCUCAAUGUUUCAGUUGGACUGGUAGGGUUGGCUUUGUGAAAUCUCUCUUCUUGGCGGGAAAAAAGGGUAAAUGAAUAGUUUUCGUUGAAUUGGAUUCUGAAGAAGCUAUGACCUUUCUUGGUUGUGGAUCAGAAGAUUGGUCCUCUGAUGCUAACAGAAGUACGGAAGGGGUUGGCCGCAGGCCCUAUUGUCUUUGGGACCGAAAUCUCGCUUUCUCACCCUUGGAUGUCUUCUUCCUUAACAUCAUCGCAGCAACUUAACUGGUAAAGCAACAUCGCCUGCUGCUGCAGCAAGCAGCAGCUGCUGCUUUGAGGGUCACAGUUGGCCACUACGCGCAUGCUUGCUGGUUCUCUUGUGGAUUAUCGCGAUGCCGAUUACAUGUGGACCUACAGUCGUCGGCUCAUUCACGGCCCCAGCCAACAAUCACUUGGGAGGCUUACUGUUCACCGAAGCAAUGUUGUUGUGUAGAUCUUGUAAUGAAAGUGCUGCUCCUUGCUUGUUAUUUGUUGUUAAGGUGACUGCUGUUUUUACUCUAUGCUCACUAGUGAAGCUAUCUUCUUUGCAUGAUAAUUGACCUGUGUUUCCUUCUGUAUUCAUGUUAAUUUUAUUGAAAACAAGAUGAAAUACUAAUCAAGGUACUAUUUCUAAAUCAAAA